AUGAAAUUUGUCUUGGUGUUGGCUGUUCUCUGCGUCGGCGUUGCCGAAUCUUACUUUUUUGAGGAUUACCCGAAUGCGAGAUGUGAGUUUUUCUUUUCUUCGCAUUCUUCAACGCUUUCCAAACAAGAAAAAUUCCGCUGAAGCGUUUUCUGAAACAUUUUUUCGAUGCAGGUCCAUUGUUAUACGAUUUCCUCAAUUUUAGCCCUCAUUCCCGCCGAUAUUGUGGCCUUUGUUGAGAAGCUCCGUUCCGAUGAAGUGGCUGCGAUCAACGCUGCAAAUAAACGUCAUCCAGGCAAUAUCAAGGCCAUUAUCAAAGAUAUUGAGCAUACUGCUCCAGCGUUGGCGAUUAAAGCGACUCCCAUUGUUCGUAAAUAUCAACGAAUUGUAAAGAGUUUCACUCCUGCUGGCCGAAAGUACGCCGAUGAGCUUCUUCAGUCUCUAUCUUUGAUUGCCGUGAAUCCUGACGACAAGAGGAUUCAAUCUACGGCUCAAACUUUGUUGGCCAAAUGGAAGGCAUUGGAUAAGACCACCCAAGCUCAACUUAAUGCUAAGUUCCCCAAUGCUUUGGCCGGAUUGGAAAGUAAGUUUUGAUAUUGCAAAAAUUUGACUGCAAGUUUUUUGUAUUCUUUAGUUGUCUCAUCCGCAACAGGUUCAUUAGAAAUAAUUAAACGAUUUUGAUUUCCAGAGGUCGCCAAAGAGGGUCCCGGCUCUUUCCGGCGUCCGGGAGUCAAGCCAGCGGCUAAUCCAGUCCAGUCCAAAGGAUUUCUAAGAGAUGCGCCAAAAGCUGCAGCCCGUGCCGCCCCUAAUGUCCGCCCAAACAGCGCUGUUGCUCAAGGAUAA